AUGUCUAAUGAUCAGCAGAUUAAGGGAAGAUCUGAAAUAGGUGAAGGAUCAUCAAGGGGUGGCGGAGGUGGAGGAGCAGGAGGUGGAGGAUCAGGAGGAGGAGGAGGUGGUGGUGGCGGUGUACUUCUACCUUCUGAUUCACAAUCAGCACCGGCAGCACCACCACAACUAAGCCGAUAUGAGUCACAGAAGCGGCGUGAUUGGAACACUUUCGGACAGUACUUGAAGAACCAAAGACCACCAGUGGCUUUGUCUCACUGUAGCUACAGUCAUGUACUAGAUUUCCUUCGGUACCUCGAUCAGUUUGGAAAGACUAAGGUUCACUUACAAGGUUGUGUAUUUUUCGGUCACCCUGAUCCAGCUGGCCCUUGUACUUGCCCACUUAGGCAAGCUUGGGGCAGCCUUGAUGCCCUUAUAGGGCGUCUUCGUGCAGCUUAUGAAGAAAAUGGUGGAUUACCUGAAAUGAACCCGUUUGCUAGUGGGGCAAUACGUGUUUACCUACGUGAAAUUCGCAAACGAAGAAUCAUCAAGUUUCCGAAUGCAGCAAUCAUGAUGUCUGGUUCUUCUUCUUCUUCUUCAAGAAACUUCAAGAAACUGGUGGACAUGAACAUAAAAGAUUUCAAGCUCUCAAUAUAAAUCAAAGACUUCCAGUAGAGUUGAUACAGCUUCUGGUACUCCAUUGAGGCAAAACGCCUCAAUUUCUAGAGCUGUGGAUUGGGUACGAUGCUAUAUAAGUAUAUUAAUAAAGGGAUUAGCUAUUAUUUAUAAAUAUUUAUAUUUCAGAAAAGCAAAGAUAAUUGGAUAGAUCUAUAUAUUGUCGAUAUUAAAUGUUUUUUAUUUAUUAUAUUG